CAAUUGGGACUACGAUGGCUCAUAUUAACAGUGGCACAGGCGGUGGCAACGGCGCAACAGCCAAUACCCAUGCUGUUGUUGUGUGGGAGUAUGAAUCUCGAGGAGGGAAGUGGUUGCCAUACACACCGGCCGUGUCACAGCAUUUGGAACGUGCGCAUGCGAAGAAACUGACACGGGUUUUACUCAGUGAUGCCGAUCCGGAAUUGGACAAGUAUUAUGUUAACGUAAGAACAAUGACACUGGAAACCGAGGAGGGCACUGGCCGAUCCACGGUGGGAGUUAGGCGAAUGUUUUAUACACCAAGCUCACCUGCUGGCAAGGGCACAAAAUGGGAAUGGGCUGGUUCUGUUUCGGGUGAUUGGCAUCCGUAUAAUAUGGAGGUGCAGUGUAUUAUUGAGGACGCUUGGUCAAAGGGUGAACAAACACUUGACCUCUGCGGAACAUCAAGUCUUCCAUACACAAUUAACUUUUGCAACUUGACACAAACGCGACAACCAAGUGGCCCAAUUAGAAGUAUACGUCGUACACAGCAAGCGCCAUAUCCAUUAGUGAAGCUUACAGCACAACAAGCUCAGCAACUAAAUCCUCCCUCAAAUUAUAUGGACUAUGGACCAAAACGAAAUAACACUUUACCGAAAUUGUCAGCCAAAACACACUGUGUUGAGAACAAACACCAGACACAGCACAUGCAUCGGCUGGCUACAAAUGGUGUUUUCUCUAUGCCUUCAUCAAGUGGAAGUCGACAACAACAUGGACUUCCAUCAUCGUCUCAUCCACUGCCACCAGCAACACAACCACAACAAUCUCUAUCGCAUGCUUCACGUAAAACCGGAAAACGUAAUGGUGAACUUUCCACUGCGAAUCUCAGGCAAAUUUUAAAUAAUCUCAAUAUUUUUGGAAGCAGUAGCUCCAAACAGCAAUCAACAUCUUCACAUAAUCACGGUAUAUUAGGGUCGUCAUCUUCAUCGGUUAGUAGUAACCAAGCAACGGGCAAUCACUUACAGCCCUUUGCACACUCCAAUAACGUGUUGACAUCGUCAAUGAGUAGUCACCACAGUCGUUGCUCUGAAGGUUCUCUCCAGUCUAAACAUAGUAAUCGUAUGAGCAUGCAUCGUUCGCGAUCACGGACACGAGCCUCUGACACCGACACAAAUAGCAUGAAAUCGCACCGCAGACCAAGUGUGGACACGGUUUCCACCUAUUUGAGUCAUGAAAGCAAGGAAAGUCUGCGAAGUCGCAAUUUUGCCAUAUCUGUCAAUGAUCUUUUGGAUUGUUCGUUGGGCAGUGAUGAGGUGUUUGUGCCGUCACUAUCGCAAUCGGCGUCUAUGCAAUCUGCGACUGGGUCAUUGAUAAACGAAAGGGCGCCUGCGCCUCCCCCCAUACCGUCAGCCGGAUCGGUGUGUGGUUCUGUGGCGGCGUCUGGUACGUCGUCGAUUAUUUCUCAUUCGUCUGGAACGCAACAACAACCCAUUGCUGGUUCGAUUGUUGGCGUAGACCCUGCGAGUGAUAUGAUCUCACGUUUUGUCAAAGUAGUUGAUCCGCCACAGUGGCCAAAUGCACAACCCUGUCCCAUGUGCAUGGAGGAGUUGGUGCAUAACGCGCAAAAUCCCGCCAUUGCUCUUAGUCGGUGUCAACAUUUGAUGCACUUACAAUGUCUCAACGGCAUGAUAAUCGCCCAGCAAAAUGAAAUGAAUAAGAAUCUCUUUAUUGAAUGUCCUGUGUGCGGUAUUGUAUAUGGCGAAAAAAUUGGCAAUCAACCUAAUGGCACAAUGUCUUGGAGUAUACUGAGCAAAAGUCUUCCCGGACAUGAGGGUCAAAAUACAAUACAAAUUGUGUAUGACAUUGCUUCGGGUAUACAAAGCUCUGAACAUCCACAUCCCGGUAGAGCUUUCUUUGCUGUUGGAUUUCCUCGGGUCUGCUAUUUGCCAGACUGCCCACUGGGCCGUAAGGUUUUGAGAUUUCUCAAGAUUGCGUUCGAUCGUCGCCUUCUCUUUUCAAUUGGUCGCUCUGUGACAACAGGGCGCGAAGAUGUUGUCAUCUGGAAUAGCGUUGAUCACAAAACUCAAUUUAAUAUGUUCCCAGAUCCCACAUAUUUACAACGUUGUAUGCAACAAUUAGUACAUUUAGGAGUAACAGACUAAAGCCAUUCAUCGACACAAUUCUUGC